AAAGACUAAUCUGACGUGGGUAAGGAAGUCGGGCUGGUUCCCCGGCGCCUUCUCCCCGUUACCUCAGCUUCUCCCCUUCCUUCCCCCGGGCGAGGCCCGGCGCCCCCGAUCCCGCCAUGCUCGACUUCUUCACCAUCUUCAGCAAGGGAGGCCUUGUGCUGUGGUGCUUCCAGGGCGUGCGCGGCCCCGCGGCGGCCUGCACUGCGCCCGUGAACGCGCUUAUCCGGUCUGUCCUGCUGCAGGAGCGAGGUGGCAGUAACUCUUUCACCCACGAUGCCCUUACGCUAAAAUACAAGUUGGACAAUCAGUUUGAAUUGGUCUUUGUGGUUGGGUUUCAGAAAAUUCUGACCCUAACCUACGUGGACAAAUUGAUAGACGAUGUUCAUAAGGAGUUCCGAGACAAAUAUCGCAAUGAAUUCCAUCAGAAGGGAACCCUUGGGCUUCUCAAUGGCACCUUUGAUUUUAAAGAAGAUUUUUUACGCCUCUUACGGGAGGCAGAGGAGAGCAGUAAAAUCCGAGCUCCCACUGCCAUGAAGACUUUUGAACAGUCAGCAAAGUCCCAAAAAACAGUGAAGUCUAUGAUAGAAACUCGAGGGGAGAAACCAAAAGAGAAAGCCAAGAACAAGAAAAACAAAGGUUCCAAAAAAGAAGUUUCAGGAGCUGAAGUAGCUGCAGUCCCCAAAGCAGCACCAGCAGUGAAGGAGGACCUUCCUGUCGCAGCAGGAGACAGGGAGGAAUUGACAAAGGAUGAAAUCUUGCAGAAGAAGCGGGAGGAGUUCUUCAGGAAACACCAGAAGGGGGGAGAGAAAUCCAACAAGUCCCCAAAGCCGGACACUUCGAAGGACAAGGGGAAGAAGCCCAGAGUGUGGGAUCUGGGGAACUCUAAUGCCAAAGUACUUGAUUAUAGUAACUCCACAACCAAUGGAAACACAGACACUUGUUCCAUGGAGGAGUUCGACCAAGAUAUGGUCCUUGGGGACCGGGAUCGUGAGCCUGGCCGUCUCCGUGAUCUGGAAUAUGAGAGUGAAGAAGAAACUGAAGAAGAAGAGAAGGUGGUCCAGAACUCUUCAAGUGCAAACGUUAAGAAAGGUGGCCUUGGAGGCAUGUUUGGGAUGCUGAAGGGCCUUGUGGGUUCCAAAAGUUUAACCAGAGAGGACAUGGACCCUGUGCUGGAGAAGAUGAAGGAUCACCUGAUCGCUAAGAAUGUUGCUGCUGACAUCGCCGUCCAGCUCUGUGAAUCAGUUGCUAAGAAACUGGAAGGAAAAGUGAUGGGCACCUUCACCACGGUAACUUCAACGGUGAAGCAGGCCCUACAGGAGUCUCUGGUACAGAUCCUGCAGCCCCAGCGUCGUGUAGAUGUCCUGCGCGAUGUAAUGGAUGCCCAGCGCCACCGUCGGCCUUAUGUCAUCACUUUCUGUGGGGUCAAUGGAGUUGGGAAGUCAACCAAUUUGGCCAAGAUUUCUUUCUGGCUGAUCGAAAACGGGUUCAGUGUCCUUAUUGCUGCCUGUGAUACGUUCCGUGCUGGAGCUGUGGAGCAGCUGCGCACUCACACUCGCCGCCUCAAUGCGCUGCAUCCACCAGAGAAUUACAGUGGCCGCACCAUGGUACAGCUGUACGAGAAGGGGUAUGGAAAGGAUGCUGCUGGGAUUGCCAUGGAGGCCAUUUCAUAUGCACGUAACCAAGGCUUUGAUGUCGUCUUGGUGGAUACUGCAGGCCGCAUGCAAGACAACGCUCCCUUGAUGACAGCUCUGGCCAAACUUAUUGCAGUCAACGCCCCUGACCUCGUCUUGUUUGUGGGAGAGGCCUUGGUGGGAAACGAGGCUGUGGAUCAGCUGGUCAAAUUUAACAAGGCCCUGGCUGAUCACUCGAUGGCUCAGACCCCGCGCCUCAUUGAUGGGAUCGUGCUCACAAAAUUUGACACUAUAGAUGACAAGGUCGGUGCUGCAAUCUCUAUGACAUACAUCACUAGCAAGCCAAUCGUGUUUGUUGGUACUGGACAAACCUACUGUGACCUGCGUAGCCUUAAUGCCAAGGCUGUGGUUGCUGCUCUCAUGAAGGCCUAGCCACGUUAUUGCACCAAAUUCCUGUUUGCAGAUGUCUGUCUGGAGUCAUUUUCCCCCCUCCUGGCAUAGUGCAAAUCAGAGUGGAGGGAUGCUGGAGGAAGGGGCUGCUGCUUUGCUCCUUCCUUACUUGUUCUUCCUCAUUUCAGUCAUGCGCACUUUCCUUUAUGUGAUGAGUGGGUUUAAUUUGACCAGGAGAUGCCUGUCUUCUAUCAUGUUUUACUUAUUUAAAAUGAUCCAUGCUGGUCACGCUCAUAAGUUCUGGGUUGGGUGGGGGAGGAAUUGUCUUGCUCCAGCUAAAAGCAGUCUUUGGUAAGAGAAGCCCACUAGGUCUGUUUAAUGCAUCCAGACGGCCUUCUUCCCCUGUGUCCCUUCAUUCUACUAACAGAGGUGAAACCAAGAGCUUUGUAUUGUUCAUCCCAGUUUGUGGGUGUUAUAAAGACUUGGCCGGGGCGGGGGUGGGGGUGGUUUCUGCUCUUCCACCACCUAAGCAUCUCAGAUAUUGCUGAUAUUCUUUUGGGCCUCUGCAGCGACUCAAGAUUAUGCUUCAGUGAUGCAGAAACCAUUGGGAGGAGUUGCCUUGGCCUGUGUUCUAGCAGUAAAUUAACUGCCCUCAGUGGUUCUGUAGGGCGGACCUAGAAGCUGCCUACUGCCAGUUCUAGUGGAUCAAGUGUAACACUUGCUGCUUUGAUGACAGCAGUUCACCAAAGCUUUCAAACCAAAAAGAAAAAAAACCCGGCAAUGGGGAGUCCUGCUGCUUACAGAGAGGCUUUGGGGGGGCAGGGUGGGGGGAGGGGCGUUGAUGCCUUAAUAGAUCCUGUCUCAUGCGCAGUGGGACUCUUCAUAGCAGGGCCAUCUAGAUAGUGCCCCGGAUGAUAGCGUGUGCAAAAUUCAGGGCCUUGCAGGUUGUUUCUGAUUGCUAGCACAUGAGGAAUCCUCUAGUUUCUAAUGUUGCCUCUCCACCUGAUCAGAGAGCUGCUUCUCAUUGCACUUUUUAUUGGCUAAACCCAGGCUGAUUCACAUAACUGUUGUGCACACCACUGGCUGUGUCCAGCAGUGCUUGGGCUGAACAGGUCAGUAAUUUACUGUUCAGUAUAAGCCGUAACCAUGCACGCCACCCCCAGUGGCACGUGCUAGUUUGCAAAACUGAAGUUUGUGCUCACAAUGGAAGAAAUUGGACAGCCUCCUUAGUUUCCACCCCAGCAGAGUCCAAUCCAAGGAAGGGGGGAGAAAUACAUAUCAGGUUCCUACAGGGUCUAUUUGUGUGGACUGGUUCCAGUUCUGAUACCAUCAGAGCAGGCUGGAGGUAGUCUGUGCUGACUCCUUUCUUUGCCCAGAUAGGGCUCCAUAACUUUACUCAGAUACCAAACCUUGUUUCCACAGCAGAGGUCAAGAAUAUAAAUGGUCAGCACAAGCAUUUGCAUGCUUCCCUGCCUGCACUGGCUUCUGCUUUUCCAAACCAGUCUAUGAAAGGAAUUUUCUGGCAGGAAAACGCUGGUGGCUGUUUGCUGCUUUUCUGUCCCCUCCCCCCUCCCUUCAGAGUGCCUCUUGAUCCUGGUAAUAAAGUGCUAUGUUGAAUAAUACAAAACUCUCUAUGAAGAUGUCUCGUAGCUUGGUAUUGCAGAUGUGCUAUCUAGUGCAAUAAGUUGAAUGCUGUCUGCUAAAAAGUAAUUUAUAUAAUAAAAUUGCAUUUUAAAAAACA